AUGGACCCCGUCGCCGCCAUCGCCCAGCAGCUGCAGGAGGGGCGUCGCGCAGGCGCGGGCGAACUUCACUUGGGCAGGCCGCCCGCCCCUUGCGCGGCAGCCGCGCAGAUCGCCCCCGAGUGCGUCGCGCCCCAGGCGGCGCAGGGCUUCGCGGCGCCCGGGCAGGCCUCGGCCUUGCAGGCCCCAUUCCCAGCGCAGGCCCUCCCGCCGCUGCAGAACCCUGCGGCAGUGCAGGGCCUGGCUGGCGCCCAGGCUUUGGCCGGCGCCCCGGGCCUGCCCGCCCCGCACCUGCCGGGGGCGCCGACGAUGCCCGGUGCGCAGGGGCUGGCGGCGCUGCAGCAGCUCGCGCAGAAUGUGGCGGCGCUGCAGCAGCUUCAGGGGAGGUCCAAGCUCAAGAUCGUCAUGGAUCCUACGGGCCCUGCCAUCAGCGCGACCAAUCAGGACGUGCUGCUGAGCAUCGAAAAUUGCAUCGGGGCCCCUUGA